UUUUGAUUGAUUUUACGCAAGAUGCAAGCAUAGCUUCCGCAUGACGUGCAGUUUAUAUGUGGACUGUAGGUCCUUUGUAAGUCCUUAAGACGAUAUGUUUACCUAUUACAUAUUUUUGGCUUGUUGUAGCCAGUCGUUUUCAACAAAUUGUAAAUUCGUCACUGUUUGGUACUUAAAAUAAAAUCGCACACCGAGGGUUCCAUACAAACUGUAGGAUUGAGGAUAGCUCUGGUGCAGAUGCUAUGGUGCCCGGACAAGACGAAAAACCUGGCGACCGCUGUGAAGGAGAUCCACAAGGCCAAGCAACGAGGCGCACAGCUGGUAGCCCUGCCAGAAUGUUAUAAGUACGAGCACAAUAUUGACUGGGAAGAAGUGCCAUCGGGGGAAGCGUGUCGCGCGCUGUCUGAGGCCGCGGCCGAGGCAGGUGUGUGCGUUGUGGGCGGCACGCUGCCCGAGCGCGACGGUAGCGCCCUCUACAACACCUGCACCGUGUGGGACAGCGACGGGUCGUUGCUGGCAAGACACAGGAAGAUGCACCUGUACGACAUAGACAUCCCGAACAAGGUGACGCACAGGGAAUCGGAGCUGGUGUCGGCGGGAGACCAGAUAACCACCUUCGUGUUCAACGGCGUCAAGAUUGGCCUCGGCAUCUGCUUCGACAUCUGCUUUCCUGAGAUGGUGGAGCUCAUGGCUCAAGAUGGAUGUUCUCUUCUAAUAUUCCCGAGCGAUUUUCACAUGGUGACUGGGUCGCGGUACUGGGAGGCUCUCGGGCGCACUCGUGCCUUCGAGAACCAGCUGUGGGUUGCGCUAGUGGGCCCCGCCCGUGACCCCGACACCGAGUAUAAGUCCUGGGGACAUUCUAUGCUCGUUGACCCCUGGGGAACCAUCAAGGCCGAGCUGGACGAGAAUGUUGGGACGAUACUGGAAGACAUCGACUUUAAUGUCGUGGAGGAAGUGAGAAAACAAUGGCCUGUAAGGGCCCAGAGAAGGACAGACGUAUACAACACCGUGCGGAAGUCUUCAUGAAGAAUAGUUUCGUUUAUAAUUUCGGAUAUUUUUAUUAAAAUUUUGACUUGUUCAUCUCAA